UGUGUAGCCCUGGCGUAUAAUUGCCAUCCCUGCUCGCGCAAAUGCGAAAGAAGUUAGCACACAAAAAUCUGUUAAAAACUAUUGUUAAACGAUUGAAGAUCCAAUAAUAUGUCAUACCGCAAGUGCUAGCAACUGGGGAAACCCAAUCCGAACGCGUCCAACGUGCAAAAGUUCAAUGCGAGUUCGAAAAACAAAGGAACGCGACACGCAGCAGUAGAAAGCAAUACUUUUUGAAGAGAACCCAGAAAGCUGUCCCAUAAAUGCUUUUGCCAUACUGACCAAUCCGGAAUCGAUAGCACCAUUGGCUUAAAAUGAACCCAUCCGAGCUGCGCAUGAUGUGGAUGAGUAGUCAGUACAACUCGGAGCGCAUUACACUGGAGGAUGCGGCCACUCUGCUGGGUCAUCCCACUGUUGGACUCUCUGUCAUGGAGGACCUCUCCGCCCAUCAGCCAACUUUGGACAUGAAUCCGAUGAUGAGCCUAAUGGGGGGAGAUUUCACUGGUCAAGCGGCGGCGACUGCUGCGGCACUGGGUGUACAGCCGGGCACCCUGAUUGCCACCAACUCGAACAACCUGUACGGAUUUGCCCACAUGGGCGGCCUGCAGCAGCAACUGCUCCAGCAGUCGGCGGCGGCGGCAGUCUUCCAGAACUAUGCGGAGGCAAUGGAUAACGAUGUGGAGAACGGCAUGGUUGGCAUGGCCAUGGAGGCGGUCGUGGACGAUGACGACCAAGUGUACGGUCAGAGGGACAAUAACUUUGAUGAUAAUGGAUCCGAGUUGGAGCCCAAGCAAGAGAUUAUCAACAUCGACGACUUUGUGAUGAUGAACGAGGACAAUAAUUCGUACGAUGGCACCGACUUUAUGACCUCCUCCGAUAAGGACAUUUCGCAGUCCUCCUCCUCCUGCAUGGCACAGAUGCCCGGAAGCUUGGGCGUCCCUGGAGUCGAGCACGAUCUUUUGGUUCCACUGCCCGAUGGCCUGCUGCACCACAAGCUGCUGGGCACAACUCUGGUCCCUGCGAUGGGUACGCUAAAUGGCAAUGCCUUUGGCAACAUAAUGGUCAGCACUGAAAACACAUCCAGCAAGCAAAUGCAGCGCACCUAUAGUACGGCCAAGGGAGCCAAUUCCACCGCAACCACCGCCACCUGCAGUGCCUCCACGUCCUCCGCAUUGCGAUCACAGCGCAAGACGCGCAAGAUCGAGCCCGUUAACAGGCCAGGACUGGUGCUGAAGACACCCAUCGCCUACAGGGGCAACAUUGACCCUUCGGUGAUCCCCAUACAGAAAGAUGGCAUGGCUGUCUGUAAACGUUGUGGCGCCAUUGGAGUGAAGCACACAUUCUACACAAAAUCGCGACGUUUUUGCAGCAUGGCCUGUGCCCGAGGCGAACUAUAUUCGUUGGUACUUAACACUAAGAUGGAGGGAGACCAGGCAACCACUAGUUCCCCGGAUCCUGGAGCGGGUUCGGAGUCAGCCGAUUUGCCUGGCGAUCAGCAACAGUCGCAGUCGGAUAUUGAGCUCGAUCUGCAUGCGGCGCACAUUAAGAAUGCGAAUUAUCGUUUUCGCAUUACGGAUCAAUCAAAGAUUACCCAGUUGAAUAGCUUCGGCGAACCCAUGUCAAUGGGCGGCGACGCAGCUGCCAAUAAUGUACAAAUGGCAGCAGAUGAAACAAUUGCUGCGUUAAACGGCGGAGCAGUGGGCGAUGCCACUGCUCCGGGCAGCACCGAGGAGGGUGCAUCCACACCCAAUUCUUAUCUGAGCGCAGCACCCACGCCCAAGGCCUUGCGACUUUUUAAGGACAUCUACCCACAGGAUGACCUGCCGCAAAUACCCAAAUACGAGCGCCUUCCCGUACCGUGUCCGCAAAUGGAGAAGAUAAUCAGCAUUCGGCGGCGCAUGUAUGAUCCCACACACUCCUACGACUGGUUGCCCCGCCUUAGCAAGGAGAACUUCAAUGCGGCACCCGUCACUUGUUUUCCUCAUGCACCCGGUUGCGAGGUAUGGGACAAUUUGGGCGUGGGCAUGAAGGUUGAAGUGGAAAAUACGGAUUGCGAUAGCAUCGAAGUGAUCCAACCGGGUCAGACUCCUACCUCGUUUUGGGUGGCCACCAUCCUGGAAAUCAAAGGCUAUAAGGCCUUAAUGAGCUACGAGGGUUUCGAUACGGACUCGCACGACUUCUGGGUGAACCUCUGCAAUGCCGAGGUGCAUUCGGUGGGUUGGUGCGCCACUCGGGGCAAGCCAUUAAUUCCGCCCCGCACCAUCGAGCACAAGUACAAGGACUGGAAGGACUUUCUGGUGGGACGUUUAUCCGGAGCCCGCACCCUUCCCUCCAACUUUUACAACAAAAUCAACGACAGCCUCCAGUCGCGCUUCCGCCUUGGCCUGAAUCUCGAGUGCGUGGACAAGGAUCGCAUUUCGCAGGUGCGCCUGGCCACCGUCACCAAAAUCGUGGGAAAGCGCCUCUUCCUGCGCUACUUCGAUUCCGACGACGGCUUUUGGUGUCACGAGGACUCGCCCAUCAUCCAUCCAGUUGGCUGGGCAACCACAGUAGGCCAUAAUCUGGCUGCACCGCAGGACUAUCUGGAGCGCAUGUUAGCUGGUCGCGAAGCCAUGAUUGAGGUUCAUGAGGACGAUGCCACAAUCGAGUUGUUUAAGAUGAACUUCACCUUCGACGAAUACUACAGUGACGGCAAAACCAAUAGCUUUGUGGAGGGCAUGAAGCUGGAAGCGGUGGAUCCACUCAACCUUUCAUCCAUAUGCCCGGCUACAGUAAUGGCGGUUCUUAAGUUCGGAUACAUGAUGAUACGCAUUGAUUCCUACCAACCGGAUGCCUCAGGGUCGGAUUGGUUCUGUUACCAUGAAAAGAGUCCGUGUAUCUUUCCGGCUGGAUUCUGUUCCGUCAACAACAUUUCGGUUACCCCACCGAACGGCUACGACUCUCGUACAUUCACCUGGGAGGGUUACCUCCGCGACACGGGAGCCGUAGCCGCUGGCCAGCAUCUAUUUCAUCGGAUUAUUCCCGAUCAUGGAUUUGAGGUGGGUAUGAGUCUGGAGUGUGCAGAUCUCAUGGAUCCCCGACUCGUUUGCGUGGCCACGGUGGCGCGAGUGGUUGGUCGACUACUCAAGGUUCACUUUGACGGAUGGACGGAUGAGUACGACCAGUGGUUGGAUUGCGAAUCAGCCGAUAUAUAUCCAGUCGGAUGGUGUGUACUGGUCAACCAUAAGCUAGAGGGCCCACCGAGAGUAGCACAUCAGCAGGCCCCGAAACCGGCACCAAAGCCCAAAAUACAGCGAAAGCGAAAGCCCAAAAAGGGAGCAGCGGGAGGCAAAACUCCAACCGAUAAUAAUACUCAGUCGGUCAAAUCGCGUACAAUUGCGCUCAAGACCACGCCGCACUUACCCAAGCUGAGCAUCAAGCUGGAGCUAAAGCCGGAGCAUCACAAUGCUGCCUUUUACGAGAACAAUCAGCCCGAGGAGGAAGGCGACGAGGAGGAUCCCGAUGCGGAUGGCGAUGGAGACGGAAGCACCAGCCACAUCUCCGAGCAGUCAACGACACAGUCGUCCAGUGAUCUGAUCGCUGGAUCGGGCAGUGGAAGUGGGUCCGCCUCGCUGGUAACUCUCGCCACGGGCAGUAACAAAACGGUAAAGAAAUCUACUACUAAAUCUCCUGCGCCACCAACUGUGGGUCGCAAAGCCACUAGCUACAUUGCGAACUCCUCUGCGACGAAUAAUAAGUACAUUCCGCGUCUGGCCGACAUCGAUUCGAGUGAACCUCACUUGGAGCUGGUGCCGGAUACAUGGAACGUGUACGACGUAUCCCAGUUCUUGCGGGUGAACGAUUGCACAGCCCACUGUGACACGUUCAGCCGGAACAAGAUCGACGGAAAGCGACUCCUGCAGCUGACCAAGGACGAUAUCAUGCCACUGUUGGGCAUGAAGGUGGGCCCAGCACUGAAAAUUUCCGACCUUAUUGCACAGCUUAAGUGCAAGGUUAAUCCGGGCAGAGCCAGAUCCCACAAGACCAACAAAUCACCGUUUUUAUAGUGCGCGGAUUUUAGUUUUUUCAAAGCAAAACGAAAGUUAUCACCGAUAGAACACACACACACACUUUUAUACGUGUACACUACUGCGUAUGCAUAUAUAAUAUAUAUAUAUAUAUAUAUAGAUAUAUAGAUAUUGAAGUAUUUUGUUAGCACUGGAAAUCGAAACACAAACGUUGCCUAGAAUGGAUCAACCAUCCAUGAUACAAUUGUAUAACUAACUCAAGUCUCACAGCGCGUUAUUUUAUACCGAUUAAAUUGUAAACCGUAGACCUUAGGCGUACGCUCAUGUUAUAUCAGUCAGAGUUCUAUAUCAACAAUUGUAUAAAGAUGAUUGAAUUGAUGACAGUGACUUUUUUUAAAUCACGCAUAUUUUUAUAAAAAUAAGAGUAAUAACAAUGCAUGCAACACAUGUAUUCACAUGAAUAUAUGGGGAGAUUGCAUAGCAUGGGCUUGUACAGUGUACAUAAAAUAAGCCGUCGCCGAUUAUAUAGGACCCAAGAAUAUCAUAUUUUAUAUAGAAGCAAGCGCAAGCAAAUAACCCAGGCAGCAUGCCCUCAACUUUCAGUCGUAAACGGAGCGAUUGGAAGUCGCUCCUAGUCUGUAAGAUCCACGAUUAACUAGCCGCUCUCUCCUUCGGUUAACUUCGUUCCGGUGUCACACAUCUCUGCAAGGAGGGCAUUAUUGGUGUAAGGCAAACUUUUGAAGAAGGCAACCUUAAUGAUAAAAUAUGUAUUUAGAUAUCCCUAAGGUACCAGCUAAUGUCAAGAUACUUUAAUAAAACCGAAUUCAAAAUUGCAAGUAUUG